GAGGCAAACCGGCGGGAAUUUCCAACGAAGAAGAAGAAAAAUCUCAAUAACAACAUUUGGUCUUCAGCUCACUUGAAGAAUCGGUGGACAAAAUGAUCUCGCGCCUGUUAGCAUACCUGGUCAACAACCUCCAGGUGGUUGAGAAGUUGGCAGAGUCUCGUCCGAUCCGAAGGGCGGCCCAGAUCACGGCUUACGCCAUCACCAAGGCUCAGCUCGUCGGCCGGGACGCCUCACAGCGGGUCCUGCGGUCCCAGACUCUGCGCCAGUUCACCGGUAAAGUCCCCGAGAACAUGCAGGAGGUGAGCGGCCGCCUCCGGAGGAUCCGAGAGACUUUUGUUAAGGAAGUGAAGGAGGGAUGGAAGGAUGGCUCCAGGCAGAUCAAGAAGUAAGAACUGGGUGCUUCUGGAUGUUGACAACACGAGCGGUGAAGCUUCAAGAUUUUGGGCAAAAUGCAAGAAUCUGUCUCGGCAAUGGACAAAAACAGCCUUUAAAUGGGAUAAUAAUGUUUAUGUCCAGAUCAUUAAAUGAUAUAAUCUAAGAA